UCUCUCCCUGUGUGAAUUAGGACGGAGGAGGAAGAAGGGGAAGCGUUCUCUUUUGAGGGGAAUGUUGUCUGGCUCGAAGCCACUAAGUAGAUCUAUAAAUUGAUAUGAAAUAUGAUAAACUCAUUUAGAGUUGAUUGAUCGUUGUUAUUGAGUAAUAAUGGAUCAUACCUUAGUGUCGUCGGACCAGGCUUCAUUCCCCCCAAUCCUUGCUUCCAUUCAACCCAAGUCACGGUUUUCCGGUGGAUCUCAAUUGAAGCUAAGUUCAUAUAGUUGGGCAGAACAGAUUGGUGUAAUGAUGAGGGAUUCCCAGAUGGGUGUAAUGAUGAUGAAUCUGGACUUCUUUUCAUGCCACUGGAGAAGGAAAAGGUUUCAUCAUUACUCUUGUGCUUUUAGACUAAAAUACCAGAUCGUAAGGGUUGUGUUUAUAUUUGUGUGGUGUUCUCUCUUCUUGUCAGUCUUUUUAACUCCUUCUGAGUUGUAUCAGGGUGAUGAUUUUUUCAUGAUUGCUUCAACAAUCUGCUCUGUCCGUUUCUGCGCUUACCUACUGAUCCUCAUACCUUUUUCCCGUGAUUGACUUUUCAAGAAUUAUCAUUACCCUGAUGAUUUUCAUCACCCUCUUUCUGUUGUUAGGGUUUCACAUUGCACUUCCUUGAAGCUCUCUACUGAAAGUUUAAAAUACAACAGAUUACAGUUAACUUAUAUAUGUAUAGAUUUCUUAAUUUCUCAAAGUUUUCAGUCUGGAACUUCGCUAAGAACUCUGAUCAACGAAUUCUUUUCUUUAAUAAAACCAUAAUUUGACGUUCAUGUUUGCGGGGGAAUUGGACUUGAUUGAUACUACAAAGACUGAGAGGAAGACCAAUGUUUCUUUCUAAUAUAUAUAUAUAUAUAUAUGCAACCUUAGGAACCGCUUGCUUCCACUGGUGGUUGGCAGAUUCAUCCAGUUGUGUGGUUUCUUCCCUCUGCUUACUGC